AUGGGGGCAUCGGAAUGUGGACACGUCGAAGUUGCACGCUUGCUGGUAGACGCCGGCGCCGACAAGAACUUGGCGAACAGCAGUGGGCACACAGCUCUUAUGAAGGCUGCCGACCAAGGGCAUGUUCAAGUCGUCCGUUUUCUGGUGGAGGACGAAGACAGGGACCGUAACAGAGCUCUCAAUGCUCUCAUACUGGCAUCUGUGAGUGCGAGUGUCGAAGUUGCACACUUGCUGGUAGAGGCCGAUGCAGGGGUCGUGCGUUUACUGUCAGGGGCUGGCAGUGGCAAGGAUUUGGCGGACAAGCAUGGUGACACAGCUUUGAUGAUGGCAUCAAAAAGUGGCUUUGCCGAAGUUGCACGCUUGUUGGUAGAGGCCGGUGCCGACACGAACUCGGCUAACAACAGUGGGCUCACAUCUCUUAUGAAGGCUGCCGACCGGGGCCAUGUCGAAAUCGUGCGUUUGCUGGUGGAGUCCGGCGCCAACACGGACUUGGCAGACGGGGACGGAAACACAGCUCUCCUAUUGGCAUCUGUGAGUGCGAAUGUCGAAGUUGCACGCGUGCUGGUAGAGGCCGGCGCCAACAAGGAUUGGGCCAAUAGUGUUGGAAGCACAGCACUCAUGCAGGGAGCGUGCCGAGGCUAG